GAGCGGGAGACAUGCAGGUCGAUGUGAGCCGAGCUGAGGUUAGAUUGUAUGGAGCAUUAUCUCGCCUGUCUUCUCUGCACAGCCGUGGAGCAGGUGCGUGGACAGACACCGGAGUGAAUGAGUAAGAAAAUCCCUCCUGCCUGCUUCCUAUCGACCGCUGCUUUUGGACCGCGGGUGCCUGAACUGGAUCGGCUAAGAAAUUGCAUCCAGAAGUCUGAACAGGUACCAUGCGACGUGCGACUGGACGCACAGCGGCUCGUUGGUCUGAGAUGGACUGCGUCUUUUAGGAGUCAUUUCUAGACGUUUUCCGCGCCCGGUUUAAAUGAGUUGCUGCUUUUAUUUGUUGCGCGCUUGAUCAUGUUCAACACGUUGCCUGGCAGCGAGGCUGGAGCAGGUCACAGGUUCACUACACCCAGACUUUAGGAUGAUGCCUCCUGGCCACACCUGCUGCGUCUCACCCCCUCCUCCUUACCCCCACCUCCGGAGAUCAAACACCUCUCUAGCUGUCUGAGGCGUCCAAGCCCCCUCACCUCCAUCCUUCUCGUGUGUUUGUCUUCCUGCCUGCCUUCCUUCCUUCCCAGAGGUGAUGCGGCGGUUUGUUUACUGCAAGGUGGUGCUGACCACCUCCUUAGUGUGGGUGCUGGUGGACGUUUUCUUGCUGCUGUACUUCAGCGAAUGCAACAAAUGCGACGAGAGGAAAGAUCGCUCUCUGCUCCCUGCCCUCCGAGCAGUGAUUUCCCGGAGCCACGAGGGUCCGGGCGAGAUGGGCAAGGCGGUAAACAUCCCAAAAGACGACCAGGAGAAGAUGAAGGAGCUCUUCAAGAUCAACCAGUUCAACCUGAUGGCCAGCGACAUGAUUGCGCUCAACAGGAGUCUACCAGAUGUGAGGCUGGAUGGUUGUAAGACCAAGGUGUAUCCAGAUGACUUGCCCAACACCAGCAUCGUCAUCGUGUUCCAUAACGAGGCGUGGAGCACCCUGCUGCGGACCGUUCACAGUGUCAUCAACCGCUCCCCGAGACACCUGCUGGUGGAGAUUGUGCUGGUAGACGAUGCCAGUGAGCGAGACUUUUUAAAGGCGAAGCUCGAGACUUACGUGCAGACUUUGGAGGUGCCGGUGAAGAUCCUGAGGAUGGAGCAGCGCUCGGGUCUGAUCAGAGCCCGGCUGAGGGGGGCGGCCAUCACCACAGGUCAAGUCAUCACCUUCCUCGACGCGCACUGCGAGUGUACCGUCGGCUGGCUGGAGCCCCUGCUGGCUCGCAUCAGGGAGGACAGAAGGGCAGUGGUGUGCCCUAUCAUAGAUGUCAUCAGCGACGAGACAUUUGAGUACAUGGCGGGCUCAGAUAUGACUUACGGAGGGUUCAACUGGAAGCUGAACUUUCGAUGGUACCCGGUUCCCCAGCGGGAGAUGGAUCGACGCAAAGGAGACCGAACGCUGCCCGUCAGGACUCCCACCAUGGCAGGAGGGUUAUUCUCCAUUGACAAAGCAUAUUUUGAAGAAAUUGGAAGCUAUGAUCCGGGGAUGGACAUAUGGGGUGGAGAGAACCUGGAAAUGUCUUUUAGGAUCUGGCAGUGUGGCGGCUCUUUGGAAAUUGUAACCUGCUCACAUGUGGGGCACGUUUUCCGAAAAGCCACGCCAUACAGCUUCCCGGGUGGAACGGGCCAAGUUAUCAACAAGAACAACCGACGGCUGGCUGAAGUCUGGAUGGACGAAUUCAAAGACUUCUUUUAUAUCAUCUCACCAGGCGUGAUGCGGGUGGACUACGGCGACGUCUCCUCCCGCAAAGCUCUCAGAGAGGCCUUGAAGUGCAAGCCAUUUUCCUGGUAUCUAGAGAACAUCUACCCAGACUCUCAGAUCCCAAGAAGAUACUACUCACUUGGUGAAAUCAGAAACGUGGAGACAAACCAGUGUGUGGACAACAUGGGAAGAAAGGAAAACGAGAAAGUUGGCUUCUUCAAUUGUCACGGCAUGGGUGGAAACCAGGUCUUCUCAUACACGGCGAAUAAAGAAAUCCGGACGGAUGACCUCUGUUUGGACGUCUCCAGGCUAAACGGACCCGUCAAGAUGCUUAAGUGUCACCACAUGAAGGGCAACCAGAUGUUUGAGUACGACGCCGAGCAACUCACGCUGCGCCACGUUAAUAGCAACCAGUGCUUGGACAUGCCGUCCGAGGAGGACAAGAUGGUCCCCACCCUGAGAGACUGCAGCGGCGGCCGCUCCCAGCAGUGGCUGCUCCGUAACAUGACCCUGAGCAUCUGAUCCCUCACCUCACCGAUCCCUCCUCCUCUUUCUAGCCGGUCGUGACAUCCGCACCCUCACCAGGUGGCUCUUAACACACAACAUAUGCUUCCUCCUGUAGCCGCUCCCGGCCACCGGUCGCAGAGAUGCAGGGACGCAGCAUCUUCCUCUGUGGAGUUGUGUCCGGUUAUGGCCGGCCGUGGCAGCUGCAGGCCGUGUCCAGGCUGCGAAAAAACGACGCCUGGGUUCUGAGCGUGAAGAACAUGGACGCGCUUGCUUGUUGAGGCAGCUCUGCUGGAAGUUAAAGGAGCAAACAUGAGAGCUGGUAAAAUAUUGAAAUCUCCAAACAUGCUCUGCGAUCUUAUUGAGUGCAUCGCCUGUUCUCGUCAGCGCCGCGGGUUUGCCGCUCAUCUUUUUCUACCAUCACCGUCUGCUUUGCUCAGAUAAAAGGAAAAAAAGGUUUGCCCCAAGAUUGCUGGGAUGGAUUUGGUUUAGAAAAUAUGGCGACAGCGCAAAGCAUAGUGUUUUUAUUUUGAUUCAGUUUGCUUUUAUAAGGAAACAGGACCUAUUGGCUGCAUUUUUUCUCCUUUUCAAACUCAAAUAGGCAUAUAUUCUGGGAACUGUGGGUGUUUCACAGCAGCAGCUGUUAUUAGAGGGUCAGCAUCAACACCGUGGGAGGCACGCUGUCAAACUCCUGUGUAACCUUCCCUCUCUGACACCGGUACAAAUCUGGCAUCUUCCCCUCGUCUUGCACUUAACAGGACUCUGCUGUAAACUUUGUGCUCGUUUUAGAAGGGGUAGCAUGCAGAGACAACAGGCUUCCUGUCAACACAUGAUCAGACGUUGACCCAUCAAAUUGUAGCCAUGAAACAGUCUAAUCUAGGGUGGGCGGUUCAUUAAAACAAACUGAAUGAAGAUACAGUUGCACCCCUCAUUAAAUCAUUUAAUAAGAGUGAUUAACCGCAUUUUUUGGUUCAAUUUCGCUAACAUGCUCGAAGCUGACAUCUGUGGGACGUUUAAGAAUUAUUUAAAAGGCGCCCGUCUAUAAACAAAAAGUAGGUAAAAAAGGGCUCAAAAAGCAACACAUGCUUCUUUGGAAAGAAUUUUAAGGUCAGUCAAGAAAGGCUUACAAAGGCAUUUCUCUGGCUUUGGGACUCCAGAGAAACAUUAAGCACAAGAUGAGGAAAAAAAAAAUAAAAUAAAAAUAGUGAACCUUCCCAGGAUUGGCCGGCCUUCCAAAAAUGAUCCGAUAAGUGCCUCAACAUCUAAUCCUGGAGGUCACGGAAGAACCCAGAACAUCUACAGCGACGCUUCCCGGACUUAAGGUCUUGUGUGAUUCAACAAGAAGAAAAAGAUUGAGCAAAAACGGCAUCCAUGGGUGAGUCUUAAGGUCAAAACCAUGGCUGACCAAAAAGAACACAAAGCCCUGUCACAUAUUUAUCAAAUAAAAAAAAAAAAGAAAGAAACAUCCUGAUAAUUCCCAAGUGGGGAAAUAUGCUACAGGAUAACAAGAUAACAGUGGAAGAUGUGCAACACAAUGGCCCCUAAGAAAACUGUGAUCGCAAAGUCUGAACCUGCAACGGGAGCUCAUACGGCAUUUAUUUAUUUAUUGGUUAUUUAGCCAGUGUUAAGGAGAAAGCCUGAAGAAAUGUCAGAGCUGUAGCUUAAAGACCUAACAGACCAGUUAUCUACACUAAGAUCAGCUUAUUUUAUAUCAUUUUUAUUCUCCAUGUAAGCACUUACUUGGAAAACAAUCCGACUGGUCUGAAAUGCCAAAAAUUCCUAAGCAGUCAGGAAAAGCAUGAUCAGUGCAUCUCUACUCUUAGCCCGAGUUUGAGGCAGCCAUCUAGUAAAAUAAAAUACAUCUGAUUCAAAUGGUUUUAAUUGUUUACAUAAUUUUACCCCUAAAGAAAUACUUGUAUUUUGUUUCAUCACUGUGGGUAUGCUUUUUCAACGCCAUAUCAAGGAAGCACUGUACUGUUUAUCUCAAAAAUCAAAGGAACGGUACCAUUUUUGUUCUCAAGCAUAUCUGUAAAAUGCCAAUUUAGAUUUAUUUGGGUAAUUAAGAUGAAUGUCAAUGAGUUGUUUGGU